AUGGCAGACCUCGAGAAUAUACUCAAGAACCAAGAAAGCGAUCUUGCACGAGACCAAGAAAUCGCCCGCGUUCUCGAAUGCUGUCCCCGGGACUACUUUGCUAUUCUACAAAUCAAUCCUUUGGUAGGACUAGAAGACCUUGCCCAAAAGCUAAGGAAAGCAUAUAGGCGCAAGUCUCUACUCAUACAUCCAGAUAAAACACAAAACGAGAAUGCUCCGCGUGCGUUUGCGUUACUAAAAAAGGCCGAGCAUGUACUUGCUAUUGAUGAAACACAAGAUCAUGAAAACGAAGAUCUUCAGGCAGAAGCUCUCGAGAAAAAAUCGCUAAUUGAUAUCUACAAGCACGUUGACGAACGUCUACAACUAUCCCUUCAAGAAGAUUUCGACCAUAAAGAUAAUAAGAAACUACGAGAAGAGGUCCAACAGCUCUUGGAGUCUCAUUCGAAAAACCAGGAAAUAGAGCGCAGCUUCGCUCAGCGACAAGAUCUCCAGCGGCAGGAAGCUAUCAAGACGGCAGCCAAGGAGCGCGAACUCAAGAAAUCCUGGGAACAACGUUGGGAACAAGAUCGAGGAGAUCGUGUGAAGCUGUGGCGAGCAUUCACUUCUAAAGUUGAGAAACCCAAGAAGAAAAAGAAGAAGGUUCUAGCUUGA